UCGUCUUUAAGGGUUGGCUUUUUGCUUUAUAACUUAUAAUUAUAUGUUUUACCGCGCGCGCACAGUUUCCAGCGUCACCUAAAUCACUAUCAUCACAUCUUCCAAGGCCAUCACUUUAACUAGCCAAGUUCUUACUAUAGCUCGACCCGGAAUACGUCUCGAACCUAAUAAGUCUACCGUGGAUUAAGUUUAGAUUGGUCUUGCAACAACCAAGGUUAUCUCAUAACAGUUAAGCUGGCUGUAAUGGCUCAACCACAAGAUCCCAGCCAAGGCUGGGCACGAUGGCUUCCACAACACCCGAAUUCGGAUUAUCAGAUGGUCGAUACCAGUCUUAUGCAAUAUACAUCAACUCCAACGACGACGACAGCUGUCCACAGGAAUACCAUGCCGACUCAGUUCAUGGCAAGCCAUGCGUAUGCUAAUAUAGCUCCUAUGCCCAGCCCACAAGCGCCCCAGUAUUCAUCUGGUAAUACUUUCAUGUUCGGUCAAUAUACGCCUCCGUCGCCCCCUCCCAUAACUCCGUCUUUCAAGCAGUACCAGGAGGAAUGCCCACCAUCGCGUACGAUCACCACCGAUACGAACAUUGGAUAUCAAAGAGAUCCCUAUCAGACCCAUUCGCUAGAGCAGGACGCAAGGCCAACGAUCAAAUACGAACCUGAAGUAGCCAUCCUACGAUCUCCUGUCCCGACUCCCAUCACGGUAAAGACAAUCACUCGGAACGUAGCUGAGAACGAAGACAACGAGAUUGUUUUCAACACUGAAGUUGACGACAUGAUGAAGGCCAUCCAGGCCAAAGCUGAGCCGGAUGAUUCUGACUUUGCCGCGGCCGCCUACCCUUCUCCUCCUCAUCUAGAUGAAGAGAAGUUUAACCUGCGUAGGAAGUCCUGCACUCCGGACCAGAAAAGCCCCACUUCCAGUCAAAGUGGAAAGGAGCGCCAAAAGAAAUAUGUCUGUGACAUCAAGGGCUGCGGAAAGCGAUGUUCCCAGAAGACUCAACUGGAGACUCACAAGCGGGCUCAUACUGGGGAGAAACCAUUUGAAUGUGAAGUAUGUGGCGAAAGGUUCACCCAGAGAGGCAAUCUAAAGACCCAUUCACGCCGCCACACUGGGGAGAAGCCUUACCAUUGCGAUAUCUGUGGCCAGCCUUUUGCCCAGCUUGGAAACGUGAAGCCUCACAGACUAACACACUAUCAAACCAAACCAUUCCGCUGCAUUUUCAGUACUUGCCAAAAGACUUUUGGCCAGCGAGGAAACUUGAAGACACACCACAACAGAUUUCACAAGGACGACAUCAAGGAACUGACAAUGAAAUUCAAGAACUUGGCCCCCGGUGACGAACUUCCCGAGGAAGACAAAAAACUGUUCAAACAUUUCGCUGAGCUCUACAAGAACAGCAACAAGGGCAUUAAAGGCCGGGGCUCUAACCGUACAAAACGCUCUAAGCACUCAACUUCCGAACACCAUAGCCCAAGCACACCGGGAGGCCCUCACCAGAAUCCUGUCUACUCGCUCCUCUCGUAUCAGAUGUACCGCCUUCCUCCCCAACACGGACUUCCUUGUCCCGAUACCCAUGGCAACAUCAGCCUGCCCCGACACGGCUCCCAGGGAAGCAUUGUUGUCCCCAGAGAUCAUCACGCCCCCUACGGGUCGUACGAAAUGGAUCAAGCAAGUAUCGCCUCUAGCGGAACCCUUACCACGAGCACCAACAGUCCAAGCACUGUCUACGAAGACGAUUAUGGUCGUUCAUUUGCUGCUCCGCACAGGAUGUACUAAGGUACUUGAUGCACACGACGAAGUUGUAG